AUGGCAGGCCCCAAUAACCUGAGAAAGUACCCUUCUGAUGGGUUGGCGUUUGUGUUCCAGGAGGAUAAGAUCAAUGCCCUCAUUAAAGCAGCUGGUGUCAGUGUUGAACCUUUCUGGCCUGGCUUGUUUGCAAAGGCUCUGGCCAGUGUCAACAUUGGGAGCCUCAUAUGCAAUGUAGGUGCUGGUGGGCCUGCUCCGGCAGCUGGAGCUGCACCUGCUGGUGGGCCUGCUCCAUCCACCGCUGCUGCCCCAGCUGAGGAGAAGAAAGUGGAAGCAAAGAAAGAAGAAUCCGAGGAGUCGGAGGAUGACAUGGGCUUUGGUCUUUUUGACUAAACUGCUUUUGUUGACAUGUCCAAUAAGGAGCUGAACCUGUAGGUGGGCUGGUCUCA